UUAUGUCACUAUCGGCUCCAUCGCUAAUUUUAAGCUCUGCGUAUCUAAUCGCCGUGGACCUCAGAGAGUCUUGUUCCAAUCGGACGGCGAUGGAGAACGCCGACGUCUUCACGGGGCUGCAGGAAUUUCUCGAGCGCAUGCGUCAGCCGUCGGCCAGCGACUUCGUCAAGUCUAUCAAAAGUUUCAUAGUGUCGUUUUCGAACAAUGCUCCUGAUCCGGAGAGGGACAGUGUUGCAGUGCAGAGCUUCUUUCACCAAAUGGAAUUGGAUUUUAGGGUUCAUCCUCUUUGGGCUGGCUGCUCUGAAGAGGAGCUCGAUAGUGCUGGCGAGGGACUGGAGAAGUAUGUCAUGACAAAGUUAUUUACUCGUGUAUUUGCUUCACUUCCAGAUGAUGUAAAAGUUGACAACACACUACAUGAGAAGAUGGCUUUAGUUCAACAGUUCAUUCGACCAGAACAUUUGGAUAUCAAGCCCCCUUAUCAAAAUGAAUCAUCAUGGCUGCUUGCACAGAAAGAACUGCAGAAGAUCAAUAUGUACAAGGCACCAAGGGAUAAGCUUGUGUGUAUACUCAAUUGUUGCAAGGUUAUCAAUAACUUGCUGCACAAUGCUACAAUUGCUUCGAAUGAGAAUACCCAUGGAGCUGAUGAAUUUCUUCCUGUCUUAAUCUAUGUUACUUUGAAGGCCAACCCUCCGCAACUGCACUCAAAUUUGUUGUAUAUACAAAGAUUCAGGCGACAAUCUCAAUUAGUAGCAGAAGCAGCCUAUUUUUUCACAAACAUGUGCUCCGUUGAAUCCUUCAUUUCAAAUAUUGAUGCAAGAGCCCUGUCAAUGGAUGAAACCGAGUUUGAAAAGAACAUGGAAUCUGCUCGAGCAAUUUUAUCAGGACUCUCAACUGAUUCGAACAUGCAGCCUAAUCAAAGUGGUCAGCUUGCGAAUAUGAACAAGGAGCCAACAGUACCCCUAAAAUCAUCAAAAGUUCCAUCACUUUCAGAUUUGGAGGAUAAGGGUGCAGCACUCCUUGUAAACGAUAAACAGGCAAGCCAAGUUUUCCGGCAGUAUCCAUACUUGUUUGCGGAUGUUGGUGAUCUGACAGUCAAUGAUGUAGAAGACCUUCUUAAUAAUUACAAGCAGCUUGUUUUCAAAUAUGUGUGUCUCGCCAAGGGAUUGGGUAAUUCUGCUCCAUCUGUUCCUUUAAAGAGUUCAGAAACACAGGAUUACCAGCAUACUGAAACUUCAAGGCAACAGGACCAUACUAGGGCUGCAGAGUCCAGUGAUGAGUCACCAAAGGAUACUGAUAAAAAGGACGAUGGGUAUAAUACAGAGUCUCUUUUUGAAGUGGAAAGUUUGGAAUCUCAAUUGUUGCAGGACCAAACAGUAGCACCACAAAACAGUAAACACGAAGAGUCCUCUCAAUCACAGCUCUCCUAGUUAAUGUAAUUUGCAGGGGUGAUGCUAAAUUUUAGUGCUGGAUCACCGUCAGGGACCACUUUUCUCAUUUCUUAAGCGUGGAUGGAAUAUCAGUGACUACCUCUGGUUAGCAAUGAGCCAAUGAGUGCUAUCAUGUGUCGGGUGUCGCACUUAAUGGUGAAGUCCUGGAUAAAUGAGGAGUUUAGCAUUUUGAUUAGGCAAGCUUCACCAGGCUUUCGUGCGAAGAUAGAAAUAUUUCCACCCUUUCAGCAAGUCGGCAUUUGCACAGUUAUACUAUUGGGCACUUGUAAUCUCAUAUAUGCAACAAUGUAAUGAGUCCCGAGACAGAGACUGGCACGAGCAUGUCGAAUCUGAAUGAAAUGUAGCUUUCAGUAGACGCACUUUGCAGUCCUCCAUCAUGGGGCAGAAAUUUAUGUUCUGCAUUUCUUUUCCUGUGUUAUUUCUCUGCAUUAUCUUACUCUUGUGAAACAAUCUCUUUAUGUUGAUAGUUGUAGUUUCUUUCUGUGUUCGACUACUAUUCUCUACUAGAUUGGCUGUUGGUUUAAUUGUCAAUUUACUAAUCUUUCACCCCAGUA